UUAAAUUACAAGCAUUUUCUCUCUAGUAUGCUCUGAGAGGAGCGCUAUUAUGGUCACGUGAUUAAAUUGCCGGGAAUGUGGUAUGCUGGACGAAGUCGAAGAAAAUCUCUGUGGAGGAGUUGAUUAGUAAAAUUUGAUCUUCGCUAUGGGCACUUCAGUCAACAUUAUUGUUGGUUCUCAUGUCUGGGUUGAAGACCCAGAAGUGACUUGGAUUGAUGGACAAGUAAAUAAGAUCAAAGGUGCGGAAGCUGAGAUUGAGACGAGUAAUGGCAAGAAGGUUGUUGUGAAGCUAUCAAAAGUUUAUCCUAAAGACACGGAAACUGCUCCUGGAGGUGUUGAUGACAUGACAAAACUAUCUUAUUUGCAUGAGCCAGGGGUCUUGCAGAACCUAAAAUCAAGAUAUGAACUCAAUGAGAUCUAUACUUACACUGGAAAUAUUUUAAUUGCAAUUAAUCCAUUUCAAAAACUGCCCCAUCUAUAUGAUCCACACAUGAUGGUACAAUACAAAGGAGCACCACUUGGAGAGCUAAGCCCUCAUGUGUUUGCUGUUGCUGAUGUUGCUUACAGGCAAAUGGUAAAGGAAGGAAAAAGCAAUUCCAUUCUGGUUAGUGGUGAAAGUGGAGCAGGUAAAACAGAGACAACAAAAAUGCUUAUGCGGUACCUUGCCUUUCUGGGAGGGCGGGCAGCUACUGAAGGAAGAACAGUCGAGCAGCAAGUUCUUGAAUCCAAUCCCGUUCUUGAAGCAUUUGGGAAUGCUAAAACUGUUAGAAAUAAUAAUUCCAGCCGUUUCGGAAAAUUCGUAGAGAUACAAUUUGACAAGCAAGGGAGAAUAUCAGGAGCAGCUAUCAGAACUUACCUUCUUGAGAGAUCCCGAGUUUGCCAAAUAUCUGAUCCUGAGCGGAACUACCACUGCUUUUAUCUCCUUUGUGCCGCUCCGCAGGAGGAAAUUGAGAAGUAUAAACUGGGACAACCUAAGACCUUUCACUACCUCAAUCAGUCACGUUGCUAUGAGCUGGAUGGUGUGAGCGAUGCCCAUGACUAUCUUGCCACUAGGAGAGCGAUGGAUAUUGUUGGAAUUAGUGCAAAGGAGCAGGAAGCAAUUUUCAGAGUUGUUGCUGCGAUUCUUCAUAUUGGUAACAUUGAUUUUGCAAAGGGAAAGGAAAUUGAUUCAUCAAUGCUAAAGGAUGAGAAAUCAAAAUUUCAUCUUAAAACAACAGCAGAACUUCUCAGGUGUGAUCCUGUGGCUCUGGAAGAUGCACUGUUGAAACGUGUGAUGAUUACCCCUGAAGAAGUUAUUAAGCGUAGUCUCGAUCCUCUUAGUGCAACAGUUGGCAGGGAUGGCUUUGCUAAGACCAUAUAUUCAAGGUUGUUUGAUUGGCUGGUGGACAAAAUCAAUGUAUCAAUCGGGCAAGAUGCCAAGUCAAAAUCUCUGAUUGGGGUCCUGGACAUCUAUGGUUUUGACUUCAAGCAUAAUAGCUUUGAGCAAUUCUGCAUUAACUUUACAAAUGAGAAACUGCAGCAACAUUUUAACCAGCAUGUCUUCAAGAUGGAGCAAGAAGAAUACACAAGAGAGGUCAUUGAUUGGAGCUAUAUUGAAUUUGUUGACAAUCAAGAUGUUUUAGAUCUUAUUGAGAAGAAACCAGGUGGAAUUGUUGCUCUUCUUGAUGAAGCCUGUAUGUUUCCAAAGUCAACACAUGAAACAUUUGCAAACAAGCUUUAUAUGACUUUCAAGAAUCAUAAGCGGUUUCUGAAGCCUAAAUUGUCUCGCACAGAUUUCAUAAUAUCUCAUUAUGCUGGAGAGGUUCACUACCAGUCUGAUCAAUUUUUGGACAAAAAUAAAGAUUAUGUGGUUCCAGAACAUCAAGACCUGUUAAGUGCUUCUAAAUGCUCUUUUGUCGCUGGCCUUUUUCCUUCAAUUCAUGAAGAGACUACAAAAUCUUCCAAGUUUGCAUCAAUUGGGUCACGUUUUAAGUUACAACUACAACAAUUGAUGGAAACUUUAAAUGCUACAGAACCGCACUAUAUAAGAUGUGUAAAGCCAAACAAUCUUCUUAAACCUGCCAUUUUCGAGAAUUCAAAUAUAAUGCAACAAUUGCGCUGUGGAGGUGUUCUGGAAGCAAUCAGAAUAAGUUGUGCUGGAUAUCCUACUCGCCGACCUUUUUUUGAGUUCAUAAACCGAUUUGGGCUUCUUGCACCUGAGGUUUUGGAAGGAAGUUAUGAUGAAAAAGUUGCAUGCCAGAAGAUUUUGGAAAAGAAAGGGCUCAAUGGAUCUCAGAUAGGUAAAACAAAGGUUUUCCUAAGAGCUGGUCAGAUGGCUGAGUUAGAUGCUCGAAGGGCAGAAGUUCUUUCAAGUGCAGCAAAAGCCAUACAACAGCGAAUACGAACUCAUUAUGCUCGUAAGCAAUUUGUUGCAUUGAGAAAAGCAAGCAUCUGUAUGCAGUCUUUGUGCAGAGGUAAACUGGCUUGCAAACAUUAUGAGGGAAUGAAAAGGGAGGCAGCUGCAGUAAAAAUUCAGAAGAACACGCGUAGACGUGAAGCCAGAAUGGCAUAUAACAAACUCCGCAUCUCAGUGCUUGUUUUGCAGACAGGCUUGCGUUCAAUGGAUGCUUGUAAAAGAUUUACAUUUAAAAGGCAAAGUAGAGCUGCAACUGUAAUUCAGGCAAUGUGGCGCUGUCAUAAAGCAUCAUCAUAUCACAGAAAACUUAAGAGAGGAACAAUAAUUGCACAAUGCAGAUGGAGGGGAAAAAUUGCCAGGAGGGAGUUACGGAAGCUAAAAAUGGCUGCAAGAGAAACAGGGGCAUUGAAAGAGGCCAAAGACAAGCUUGAGAAACAAUUGGAGGAGCUCACAUGGCGCUUACAGCUGGAAAAACGUCUGAGGACUGACCUAGAAGAAGCCAAAGCACAAGAAAUAGCAAAAUUACAAAACUCUUUGGAGGCUAUGCAAAAGAAAGUUGAUGAAGCAAAUGCACUGCUAGUCAAAGAACGAGAGUCCGCAAAAAAGGCUAUUCAAGAUGCACCUCCAGUCAUCAAGGAGGUUCCAGUUUAUGUUGAAGACACCAAUAAAGUUGAAUCUCUGACAGAAGAAAUUAACAGUUUAAAGGCUUCAUUGCAGCAUGAAAAGGAAAGCUCUAAUGAGCUACAACAGCAGUAUGGCAAAGCACAAGAGUCUAGUGAAGAAAGACGUAAACAGUUAGAAGAAACAGAAGGAAGACUUCAUCAGCUCCAAGAAUCUUUACACAGGCUAGAGGAGAAAUUGAAUAAUUUGGAAUCAGAGAAUAAAGUUCUUCGUCAACAAGCUGUAUCAAUUGCACCAAAUAAGUUCCUCUCUGGACGAUCUAGAUCAAUUCUUCAGAGGAUGGAAAGCAGUCAUUCCUUUGGCGAUACUAGGAUGACCAUGGAUUUGCAUAGUGCUUCAAUGAAUCAUAGGGAUUUUGAAGCAGAUGACAAACCACAAAAGUCACUGAAUGAGAAACAGCAGGAGAAUCAGGAGUUGCUACUUCGUUGCAUUGCUCAACACUUGGGCUUUGCCUGCAAUAGGCCAAUUGCAGCAUGCAUCAUAUAUAAAUGCCUUCUGCAUUGGAGAUCUUUUGAAGUUGAGAGGACUAGUGUUUUUGACCGCAUCAUCCAGACUAUAGGUCAUGCUAUCGAGAAAACCCAGGACAACAAUGAUGUCUUGGCCUAUUGGCUAUCAAAUGCUUCUACUCUCUUAUUGCUGCUCCAGCGGACAUUGAAAGCCAGUGGUGCUGCUGGCAUGGCACCUCAACGACGUCGAUCGUCCUCUGCAAGUCUCUUUGGGAGGAUGAAUUACAGUUUCAGGGGAACACCCCAAGGGGUCAACCUAUCUUUUGUAACUAGUGGCAUCCCUGGUGGAGUAGAAUCUUUACGCCAAAUUGAAGCAAAGUACCCUGCUUUACUCUUCAAACAGCAACUUACAGCUUAUGUGGAAAAAAUCUACGGGAUGAUUCGUGAUAAUCUGAAGAAGGAAAUAUCUCCAUUGCUUGGGCUGUGUAUUCAGGCACCAAGAACUUCUAGAGCAAGCUUAGUUAAGGGAUCAUCGCGUUCAGUUGCGAAUACUGCUGCCCAGCAAGUUUUGAUUGCUCACUGGCAAGGAAUAGUGACAAGCCUUGGGAAUUUUUUGAAUACCUUAAAAGCAAAUCAUGUACCACCAUUUUUAGUUCGUAAAGUGUUCACACAGAUAUUUUCUUUCAUUAAUGUUCAAUUAUUCAACAGCCUUCUGUUGAGGAGGGAAUGCUGUUCAUUCAGUAAUGGUGAAUAUGUUAAAGCAGGGCUGGCUGAGUUGGAACACUGGUGCUAUACUGCUACUGACAAGUAUGCAGGUUCAGCUUGGGAGGAAUUAAAGCACAUCCGACAAGCUAUUGGAUUUCUGGUUAUACAUCCAAAGCCAAAGAAGACUCUGGAUGAGAUAAGCCACAGCCUCUGCCCAGUUCUCAGUGUCCAGCAGUUGUAUAGGAUCAGCACAAUGUACUGGGAUGACAAGUAUGGCACUCACAGUGUAUCCUCAGAAGUGAUAUCAAAGAUGAGGGUAUUGAUGACUGAAGAUUCAAACAAUGCAGUCAGCAAUUCAUUUUUAUUGGAUGAUGAUUCGAGUAUUCCGUUUUCAGUUGAUGACAUAUCGAAGUCUAUGGAACAAAUAGAAAUUUCUGACAUUGAACCCCCACCACUUAUCCGUGAAAACACGGGCUUCAGCUUCUUGCUUCCAGCCUAAAGUUCACAUGACGUAAUAUGGGGUGGCUGAUGCUUGUUGAUGUACAAACAGUUCUUGAAGGGCACUUAACAAGUACCUCUUCCUCCCUCCCUCUCAUUUUCUCUUCUACGGCCCCCCAGAAUGCACUCUUGCUGUGAUGUCGCAAGUCAGAAAAAUUGAGAAAAAGGGAGGAGAACUGGGGUUGCUUGACUUUAGAAGUAGCAUUAUAUUUUUUUUUAUCUUCUUGUAAAAUAGGUAUAUUUUGUAUAGGGCAGAAAUAGUAACAACCCGGAGUUGUACGUGAGGAUGAAGAAGUAUACAUUUGUCCUUUUUGACAUUUGAAGCCAGAUGAAUUGGAUCACUGCCUGGAAAUUAUGAUUACUUAGAGAAACGCAAAUAGUUUCAGUUUGUACAAAUUUUGAAGCAAUCCUGAGAU